GCAAAGUUGUAACUUUGAAUUCCUGUUUUUCCAACUCCCCUCAUGUGACAGGAUAUCUACUUAUUGGAGGUUUUCCCUAAAUUCAAGAGCCCUUUAAAAGGGACCGCUUCCUCUGGGCUCCUUUUCAGCAGGGCAGCUCUGGGAGCUGGGGCCAGGUGGCGGGGGCAGUCAGGCACACUAGGUGUUUUGUUUGUGUCCCACACUCCUCUCCAUCCGUGGAAGAGAAGGAUAAGCUGUGGGCCAUGAGGCUGGCCCUGCUCCUGGUUUUUGUCUCUGUCAUUCCGGGCGCUGUGCAGCUAUUGGACACAAGGCAGUUUUUAAUCUAUAAUGAAGACCACAAGCGCUGCGUGGAAGCAGUGAGCCCCAGUGCAGUCCAAACCGCAGUUUGCAACCAGGAUUCUGAAUCCCAGAAAUUCCGAUGGGUGUCUCAGUUCCAGAUUAUGAGUGUUGCCUUUAAACUGUGCCUCGGAGUAUCAUCGAAAACCGACUGGGUUGCUGUCACUCUGUAUGCCUGUGACUUGAGAAGUGAAUUUCAGAAAUGGGAGUGCAAAAAUGACACACUUUUUGGGAUCAAGGGAGAAGAUUUAUAUUUUAACUAUGGCAAUAAACAAGAAAAGAAUGUUAUGCUCUACAAGGGAUCUGGCUUAUGGAGCAGGUGGAGGAUCUAUGGAACCACGGAUGAUUUAUGUUCUAGAGGUUAUGAAGCCAUGUAUACGCUGCUGGGCAACGCAAAUGGAGCAACCUGUGCAAUCCCAUUCAAGUUUGAGAACAAGUGGUACGCAGAUUGCACAAGUGCCGGGCGGUCAGACGGAUGGCUCUGGUGUGGAACCACCACGGACUAUGACACAGAUAAGCUGUUUGGAUUUUGUCCCCUGAAAUUUGAGGGCAGUGAAAGCCUGUGGAAUCAGGAUCCAUUGACUAGCAUUUCCUACCAGAUAAACUCCAAAUCCGCUUUAACUUGGCACCAGGCAAGGAAGAGCUGCCAACAGCAGAAUGCUGAACUCUUGAGCAUCACAGAGAUACAUGAACAAACAUACCUGACAGGAUUAACCAGUUCUUUGACUUCAGGACUCUGGAUUGGACUUAACAGCCUGAGUUUCAACAGCGGGUGGCAGUGGAGUGGCGGCAGUCCAUUCCGGUAUUUGAACUGGCUACCAGGUAGUCCAUCAGCUGAACCCGGAAAAAGCUGUGUGUCACUAAAUCCCGGAAAAAAUGCAAAAUGGGAAAAUCUGGAAUGUGUUCAGAAACUAGGCUACAUUUGUAAGAAGGGCAACACUACUUUGAAUUCUUUUGUUAUUCCCUCAGAAAGUGAUGUGCCCACCAACUGUCCUAGUCAGUGGUGGCCGUAUGCGGGUCACUGUUACAAGAUUCACAGAGAGGAGAAGAAAAUCCAGAGAGAUGCCUUGAUCGCGUGUAGGAAGGAAGGAGGCGACCUCGCCAGCAUCCACAGCAUUGAGGAGUUUGACUUUAUCAUCUCUCAGCUAGGAUACGAGCCAAAUGAUGAGUUGUGGAUUGGCUUAAAUGACAUCAAGAUCCAAAUGUACUUUGAGUGGAGUGAUGGGACCCCUGUGACAUUCACCAAAUGGCUUCGUGGAGAACCAAGCCAUGAGAACAACCGGCAGGAGGACUGUGUGGUGAUGAAAGGCAAGGACGGGUACUGGGCAGAUCGGGCCUGCGAGCGGCCCCUUGGCUACAUCUGCAAGACGAAAUCACAAACUCAAGCUCCAGGAAUAGUGGAAGUCGAAACAGGCUGCCGGAAAGGCUGGAAAAGACAUGGGUUUUACUGCUACUUGAUUGGACACACACUGUCAACAUUUACAGAAGCAAACGAAACCUGUAAAAGUGAGAAGGCUUACUUAACGACUAUUGAAGACAGAUAUGAACAAGCCUUCCUGACUAGUUUGGUUGGAUUAAGGCCUGAAAGAUAUUUUUGGACAGGACUUUCAGAUAUACAAAACAAAGGGACCUUUCAGUGGACCAUUGAGGAAGAUGUUCAGUUUACCCACUGGAAUUCAGAUAUGCCAGGGCGAAAGGCAGGGUGCGUUGCCAUGAAAACCGGGAUUGCAGGGGGCUUAUGGGAUGUUCUGAAAUGUGACGAAAAGGCAAAGUUUGUGUGCAAGCACUGGGCAGAAGGAGUGACUCGCCCACCAGAGCCCACCACAACUCCCGAACCCAAAUGCCCGGAGGACUGGGGUACCACCAGCAAAACAAGCUUGUGUUUCAAGUUGUUUGCAAAAGGAAAACAUGAGAAGAAAACAUGGUUUGAAUCCCGAGAUUUCUGUAGAGCUCUGGGGGGAGACCUGGCCAGUAUCAACAGUAAAGAGGAACAGCAAACAAUAUGGCGGUUGAUAACGACUAGUGGAAGCUACCAUGAACUGUUUUGGUUGGGACUGACAUACGGAAGUCCUUCAGAGGGCUUUACUUGGAGUGAUGGUUCUCCCGUUUCAUAUGAAAACUGGGCUUAUGGAGAACCUAAUAAUUAUCAAAAUGUUGAAUACUGUGGUGAGCUGAAAGGUGACCCUGGUAUGUCCUGGAAUGAUAUUAACUGUGAACACCUUAACAACUGGAUUUGCCAUAUACGAAAAGGAGAAACACCAAAACCUGAGCCAACACCAGCUCCUCAAGACAAUCCACCAGUCACUGAAGAUGGGUGGGUUAUUUACAAAGACUACCAGUAUUAUUUUAGCAAAGAGAAAGAAACCAUGGACAAUGCGCGAGCAUUUUGCAAGAGGAAUUUUGGAGAUCUUGUUUCUAUUCGAAGUGAAAGUGAAAAGAAGUUUCUGUGGAAAUAUGUAAAUAGAAAUGAUGCACAGGAAGCAUAUUUUAUUGGCUUAUCGAUCAGCUUCGAUAAAAAGUUUACCUGGAUGGAUGGAAGCAAGGUGGAUUAUGUGUCUUGGGCCACAGGGGAACCCAAUUUUGCAAAUGAGGAUGAAAACUGUGUAACCAUGUAUUCAAAUUCAGGGUUCUGGAAUGAUAUUAACUGUGGUUAUCCGAACGCCUUCAUUUGUCAGCGACAUAACAGCAGCAUCAAUGCCACGGCGAUGCCCACCACACCCUCGGUCCCCUCGGGUUGUAAGGACGGUUGGAAGUUUUACAAUAACAAGUGUUUCAAAAUCUUUGGAUUUGCCGAAGAAGAAAGAAAAAAUUGGCAAGAGGCACGAAAAGCUUGCAUAGGGUUUGGAGGAAAUCUGGCAUCCAUACAAAAUGAAAAAGAGCAAGCAUUUCUUACCUAUCACAUGAAAGACUCCACUUUUAAUGCCUGGAUCGGGCUGAAUGAUGUCAAUUCAGAACACACGUUCCUUUGGACGGAUGGGCGAGGAGUUCAUUAUACCAACUGGGGGAAAGGUUACCCUGGCGGAAGAAGAAGCAGUCUUUCUUAUGAAGAUGCUGACUGUGUGGUUAUCAUCGGAGGCAAAUCGAACGAAGCAGGAAAAUGGAUGGACGACACCUGUGACAGUAAGCGUGGCUACAUAUGCCAUACACCUUCUGACCCGUCCUUGCCUAAUGCUCCAGCCACAGUUCCAACAGAUGGCUUUAUUAAAUAUGGUAAAAGCAGCUAUUCUCUCAUGAAAUUUAAAUUUCAGUGGCAUGAAGCAGAGAACUAUUGCAAAAUUCACACCUCCCUUAUUGCCAGCAUUCUGGAUCCCUAUAGUAAUGCAUUUGUGUGGAUGCAAAUGCAAACAUUGAAGGAACCUGUGUGGAUUGCCCUGAACAGUAACUUGACCAACAAUGAGUACGUGUGGACUGAUAAAUGGAGGGUAAGGUACACUAACUGGGCCGCCGACGAGCCCAAGCUGAAAUCAGCCUGCGUUUAUAUUGACCUUGAUGGCUACUGGAAGACAGCACAUUGCAAUGAAAGUUUUUAUUUUCUCUGCAAAAAAUCAGACGAAAUCCCUGCCACUGAGCCCCCCCAACUGCCCGGCAGAUGCCCAGAGUCAUCGCACACAGCGUGGAUUCCUUUCCACGGUCACUGCUACUACAUCGAGUCCUCAUAUACAAGGAACUGGGGCCAAGCUUCUCUGGAAUGUCUUCGAAUGGGUUCUUCUCUGGUUUCCAUCGAAAGUGCCGCUGAGUCUAGUUUUCUGUCAUAUCAAGUUGAGCCACUGAAAAGUAAAACCAAUUUUUGGAUUGGAUUAUACAGAAAUAUUGAAGGGAUGUGGCUCUGGGCAAACAACAAUCCAGUGUCCUUUGUCAACUGGAACACAGGAGAUCCCUCUGGUGAACGCAAUGAUUGUGUUGUUUUGUAUGCGUCUUCUGGGUUUUGGAACAAUAUUCACUGUUCUUCCUACAAAGGAUAUAUUUGUAAAAGACCAAAAAUUGUUGAUGCCGAACCUACUCAUACAUUAAUUACAACAAAAGCUGACUCAAGGAAGAUGGAUCCUGCCAAACCCUCUUCCAACGUGGCAGGAGCCGUCGUUGUCGUGGUCCUCCUUAUUUUAAUGGGUGCUGGCCUCGCCGCCUAUUUCUUCUACAAGAGAAGACGUGUGCACCUACCUCAAGAGGGUGCCUUUGAAAACACUCUCUAUUUUAACAGUCAAUCAGGUUCAGGAACUAGCGAUACGAAAGAUCUCAUGGGCAACAUUGAACAGAAUGAACACGCAGUCCUCUAGUGUCACCAUGUGAUCUUGAUCUAUUUGAAUUUCAUAAAAUUGUAAUUAAAAUUUUAAAUUCUUUAAUUCAAUGUGAUUGUUUCCUUUAAAAUUAGUACUGUAUUGUACUGCUCUGUCCUUUUCUUUUGCCUAAUUGAAGAAAUAAUUGUUCAUUUUCUAGCUGGCAAGAUAUUUUUACAAAAGAGGGAUAAUAAUGUUGAUUACCACUUUUCAAAAAAUCAUAGUGAAAUACACAGCAUUACAAUGCCAACAGUUAAGUAUUGCGGAUAUGUAGCUAGUGUCAAUUUCAUGCAGUAAUCAGAAGAGCUGUAGAAACAACCAAUGAAGCCUCUUGAAAUAUUUUAAGGAGCACCCAAAGAUAUGUUACCUAUUGAACUGUAUUUCAACAAUUAGAAGACUGUUUGAAAAAUUAAGUAUAAAUAACCUCUGGUGGUAUAAAAAUUUAGUCGGUUUUCUCUUUUACCAGUUGAUUUCCACCCCAGUUAUUUAGAAUUGUAUUUGUACACGUGUAGCAGAAUAAGCCAGUCAAGAAUCCUGUUUUCCCCAAGCAGAGUUUUACAGGCUAAAUAUUGCAGAUGUGUUCUCUGUCCUGUUAUAUGUAUAUCAGGAAUACAAGGAUGUGAAAUAAAAAUGUAAAUUUGGAAUAACUGGAUGUACUUAGAUAAAUGUGAAAUAAACAUUAAAGACACGGUCUAUUUUUAA